UUUCAAUCAUCCAGUGUUUGAUUCCAAAUAAAUGGAAAUUUAAUUCAAUCACAAAAUUUUAUUUGAAAAAAAUGGCUUUUCAUCUUCCCUCUAACUGAACUCUUUUCGUUGGCUUUAAAAUAAUAAAGAAAUCUUCAAAAUGCCAUCACGCCAAUUAAUCGUGUUCGAUUUCGACGAGACUCUCAUAAGUGUAUGCUGUAUGCGUCAACUCUUCAAAUUCAUACCGAGCCACAGGCGACCACCGAUGUACGAUGUGGAUAAGAAAGGUUGGAUCGAUUUGGCCAAUCUGACAUUUAAGGAGCUGCACUCGAUGGGCUAUUCAGCGACCACUCUCUGCAAGUUUAUACGCGCUGUACCGCCUGUUCCGGGUAUUGUAAGACUCAUACAUUAUCUGUCGAAUUCACGUGAGCCCACAUAUGAUAUGAUAUGUAUAAGUGAUUGCUAUCGAUUACUAGUUAACGAUUGGUUGGAAAGCCAUGCGCUCUCCGAGUGCUUCACCGGCGUUUAUUGUAAUCCAACGGAAAUCAACGAAAAUGGAGAAUUGAUUGCGAGCAGUUAUCAUUGUGUGGAGUGUCCUUACAGUCCCCCGAACUUGUGUAAGCGUCACGUAAUGGACGCAUUCAUAGCAAUGCAAAAACAACUUCAUAUAAAAUAUGAUCGUGUGGUUUACAUCGGUAAUGGGAAAGGCGAUUUUUGUCCCGUUUUAAGUUUGAGGUCGUGUGAUCUUAUGUGUGCGCGUCAGGACGAUGUGUUGGCGGAGAAAAUUAAAAGUUUGAAAAAAAUUAAGUUAAAACCGAAAAUCUAUUUGUGGAACAAUGGGCUCGAUUUGCUCGCGAAACUAAAUGAAAAUAAAGAUCGCAUAAGACACUAAUAAAUCAUAAGAAUUGAGUUUGGUGGUUUAAA